AUGGAGGAUUUGUUGUGUUUGGGUGAUGUUGAUGGCCAAGGUGUAGCUGGGGUUAAAGUUGAGUGUAAGGAGGAGAGCAGGGAGGUGGAAGUGAGCCCAGAGGUAGUUGAUAACUUAAUCAGUACCAAUGCUCAGUUAUCCCAAGCAGUGGCACAACUGUGUAAUAAGUUUGACCAAAUGGGGCACAUGCAAAACAUGGUGUGGUCAUGUCCUGUCCCCACUAUUGGAAAAUUCUCUGGAAGGGUACGGAGGGCCAGUGAGUUGGAUAACUGGGUAGAGGAUGCCACAGAGAAAAUAAAGCAGCUGGGAUUACAGGGCUCUGAGGGAGUGUCAUACCUGUGUGGGUUCUUGGAAGGCCCAGCCCGUCGAAGGGUCCGCAACAGUACUGUGAAGACUGUGUCUGACCUUUUUGAUUGUUUGAGGUCUGCUUUUGGACCAGAACUGAAUUAUACAGACUUAGAAAAACAGCUGCAUGCUCGGGUUCAACAGCCGAGUGAAGGAGUGUGGGAAUUUGCUGAUUCGCUGGGUGUUAUUGUGGAUAAAAUGUACAAAGUGAGAGACAAGGGAGAUAAAGAAUGGCAAUGGCUGCUAACUACAUGGUUCUUUGGUGUCCAAGACAGCGGGAAACGGGAGUCCUUGAGAACAAGGGGCCAGCUCUCAAGGCCUGACGACAGGGCCCCCACUACAGCUCAGAUAAGGAGUGUGACUAAUGUGACCGAGGAACGGAAUGAUGUAAAAAGAGGGAAAGUUAAGUUGUUUGGAAAGACUCUGAGGAUAGAUGCGUUGGUGAAUGGUAUACCUGUAAGUGCUAUGGUUGAUUCUGGUGCUGAAGUCAGUCUGGUGACAGAGGAAUGGUACAAACAGCACCUCCUCCCCAAGCAAGCUGUGAUCUAUGGGAUGGACAUUCGGAUUACAGAUGCAAAUGGGAGGGAAAUUCCCUGUUUGGGUUAUGUGAAGGUGAAUGUGGAAAUUGAGGGAAAAAGUGUUAAAGACUGUGGACUUUUUGUGAAAGGUGGUGGUGGGGAGAGUGGUGUGGUGCAGGGCACUACAUUGCCAGUGUUGUUUGGGAUGAAUGUGUUGAAGGGAGCCGUGCACCUGGGGCUAACUGAGAAGUGGGGCAGGUGUGUCCGUGCCAUUGAGGCAAAAUUGAGGGUGACACAACAGCCUCUGGGGUUUGCUGUAAUUCAGCACCAACAGGAUUUAGUAAUCCCGGCUGGUACCAGAAGAAUAAUGAGAGUGUUUGUGGAAAGUUUACAGGAAGUAGAUGUAGAUAUGGUUAAGGAGUUCAGGGACAGACUAGGGGUGCAGGUGGAUGAGAGUCAGCUUGAUUCAGCACAGUUGGAGAGACUAGAUGGAUUCAUCCAUGAGUACGGAGAUGUGUUUGCUGAAAACGAGCAGGAUUUGGGAUGUGCUACUGGAGUGGAGCAUGAAAUUCACCUCAAUAGUGCAGUGCCCAUUCGCCUUCCAUACAGACAUAUUCCUCCCCCAUGUAUCACUGAGGUUAAAGCUCAUGUAAAGGGACUGUUGGAACAGGGAGUGAUAGAGGAGAGUGUGAGCCCAUAUGCAGCCCGAAUAGUGAUGGUGAGGAAGAAAGAUGGUUCGCUGCGACUUUGUGUUGAUUAUCGAAGGCUGAACGAGGUGACAGUGAAAGAUGCCUUCCCAUUACCAAGGGUACAAGACACACUAGAUGCAUUAGCCGGGGCACAGUAUUUUUCUUCUUUUGAUUUAGCUGCAGGUUAUCAUCAGAUUCUUGUGCGGGCAGAAGACCGGCCCAAGACUGCUUUUGUAACACCAUUUGGCCAUUAUCAAUAUGUGCGCUGUCCUAUGGGGUUAUCCAAUAGCCCAGCAACAUUCCAAAAGUUUAUGGAGUAUGUGUUUAGCGAUCAGGUUUUUGUGACUCUUUUGGUGUAUCUGGAUGAUUUGUUGGUGUUUGCUCGGAGUGUGGAUGAGCAUCUGGAUAGACUGGAGGGAAUGUUGAAGCUUUUGAGGAAACAUGGGCUGAAGUUGAAACCUUCCAAAUGCCACAUACUAAAGCCCCAGGUUAGGUACCUUGAAUUUAUCAUUUCUAAGGAGGGAAUUAAUACAGACCCAGAGAAAAUACGGGCUGUACAGGAGUGGCCAGUUCCGCGCACUGUUAGGGAGGUCAGGGCAUUUGUCGCAUUCUGCUCCUUUUACAGAAGGUUUGUGAAAAAUUUUGCGAAGGUGGCUGCUCCGUUGCAUGCUUUGAUGAGUGGUGAUUCUAAGGCAGCAGUGAGUGAUUAUUGGGGGAAGGAUGAGGCCAGAGCAUUUGCCUUGUUGAAAGAGAAGUUAAGUCAGGCUCCAGUGUUGAAAAGUGCAGAUUACAGCAAGCAGUUUGUGGUGGAGACUGAUCCUAGCUUUGAAGGACUGGGAGCAGUUUUAUCUCAGGAGCAUGAUGGGAGGUUGCAUCCGGUGGCCUUUGCAAGUAGAGGUCUCAGAAAGUCAGAGUGGAACAUGAGCAAUUACAGCUCUAGGAAGUUGGAGCUGUUGGCUCUGAAGUGGGCAGUGACAGAGCAGUUUAAGCACUAUCUGGUGGGUGGACAUUUUAUAGUGCUGACGGAUAAUAAUCCAUUGGCACAUUUGAACUCUGCCAAGCUUGAGGCAGUGAAGAGUAGGUGGCUGGGUGACUUGGGAAGGUUUGAUUUUGAGGUGAAAUACUGGCCAGGGAAGGAGAAUGGUAACACGGAUGGAUUGUCGAGGAGGUCCCAGGAAUUGAUUGAGGGAGGGGAGGAAGAGAAGGAGAUAUGGGAAACCAGUCCUAACACCUCGUGGGGUCAUCAAGGGGUUGCUAGAACAACGUCACUAGUGAAGGAUAGGUUUGAUUGGCCAGGACUACAUGAAGACAUCAAAUUGUAUGUGGCAAAGUGCAAAGUCUGUGUCAUGGGGAAGGAGGAGGGUGUGCGGGCCAAGACUAAGUUGGGUACGUUGGAAGCCAACCGCCCCUGGGAAGUGUUGGCUGUUGACUUCACUUUACUGGAUCCGGCCAGGGAUGGCAAGGAAAAUGUAUUGGUGGUGACGGAUGUGUUUAGCAAGUUUGCCCUGGCCUUUCCUACUAAAAACCAAAAGGCAAGCACAGUAGCCAAGAUCUUGGUGGAGGAGAUUUUUCACCGUUUUGGUUGCCCAGAAAGGGUACAUAGUGACCAGGGUAGGAAUUUUGAGGGAAAGUUAGUGCAGGAACUAUGCAAGUAUUACCAUGUAGCCAAGUCUCGUACCACCCCGUAUCACCCUCAAGGAAAUGGGAUCUGUGAGAGGUUUAACCGCACCUUACAUGGGAUGUUAGUUACCCUUGGUCAGGAACAGUGGGAGCAUUGGCCUAGGCACUUGUCAAGCCUCACUGCCAUCUAUAAUACCACACCCCAUGCUGUCACUGGUUUUUCACCCCAUUAUUUGUUGUUUGGUGUGUAG